CUUGCCUCCCUGGCUCGAGCCUCGAAGCGGCCCGGCUGCCGGCCCCUUCCCUCCGCGCCUCAUCCCUUUCGCAAUCCGUUUGGUCCCGCAGGUUCCUCCUCGAAGCACGAGUUCCAGGCCGAGACCAAGAAGCUGCUGGACAUCGUGGCCCGCUCGCUCUACUCGGAGAAGGAGGUUUUUAUCCGGGAACUGAUCUCCAAUGGAAGUGAUGCAUUAGAAAAACUGCGUUAUAAGCUGGUGUCUGAAGGGAAGGCCCUGCCAGAACUGGAGAUCCACCUUGAGACAGACUCUAAGAAAAGAACUCUUACUGUCCAGGACACAGGUAUUGGGAUGACCCGAGAGGAACUUCUGUCCAAUCUGGGCACCAUAGCACGAUCUGGCUCCAAGGCCUUUCUAGAUGUGCUGGAGAAGCAGGGAGAGGCCAACAGUAAGAUCAUUGGCCAAUUUGGAGUGGGCUUCUACUCGGCCUUCAUGGUAGCUGAUCGGGUGGACGUUUUCUCACAGUCGGUGGAGCCGGGCAGCUCUGGCUACUGCUGGAGUUCAGACAGUUCCGGGAUGUUUGAGAUCUCAGAAGCUUCUGGAGUAUGCACUGGGACUAAAAUAAUUCUCCAUCUCAAAGAAGACUGCAAGGAAUUUGCCAGUGAGGAACGGGUCAAAGAGGUAAUCACAAAAUACAGCAACUUCAUCAGUUUCCCUGUCUACCUGAACGGGCGCUCUAUCAACACCUUGCAGGCCCUCUGGAUGAUGGACCCCAAGGACAUCGGGGACUGGCAGCACAAGGAGUUCUAUCGCUUCAUUGCCCAGGCCUAUGAUGAGCCCCGUUAUAUCCUUCAUUACAAGACUGAUGCGCCUCUCAACAUCCGCAGCAUCUUCUAUGUGCCAGAGGUGAAGCCCUCCAUGUUCGAUGUCAGCCGGGAGCUGGGCUCCAGCGUAGCCCUCUACAGUCGCAAGGUCCUGAUCCUGACUAAAGCCACAGAUAUUUUGCCCAAGUGGCUCCGUUUCCUGAAAGGAGUUGUGGACAGCGAGGAUAUCCCCUUGAACCUGAGCCGGGAGCUGCUGCAGGAGAGCACCCUCAUCCGGAAGCUUCGGGAAGUUUUGCAGCAGCGGCUCAUCAAAUUCUUCAUGGAUCAGAGCAAGCGAGACCCUGAGAAAUACGCCAAGUUCUUUGAGGAUUACGGGUUGUUCAUGCGUGAGGGAAUUGUCACCAUUGCUGAACAGGAUGUCAAGGAAGACAUUGCCAAGCUACUGCGCUAUGAGUCCUCAGCACUGCCUGCUGGCCAGCUGACCAGCCUCCCGGAAUAUGCCAGUCGCAUGCCAGCUGGCAGCAGGAGCAUCUACUACCUGUCUGCCCCCAACCGCCACCUGGCUGAACACUCUCCGUACUAUGAGGCCAUGAAGAAGAAGAAUGUGGAGGUGCUCUUCUGCUAUGAGCAGUUUGAUGAACUGACGCUGCUGCAUCUGAGGGAGUUUGAGAAAAAGAAGCUGAUGUCAGUGGAGACGGAUAUUGUGGUUGACCACUACAAGGAGGAGAAGUUUGAGGAGAGCCGCUCAGCUGAAGAAUGCCUUAGUCCCCAGGAUGCUGAGGAUCUCAUGGCCUGGAUGAGGAAUGCUCUUGGUUCUCGGGUGGCUGCAAUCAAGGUGACCCCCCGCCUGGAUACCCAUCCAGCCAUGAUCACUGUGCUGGAGAUGGGUGCUGCCCGCCACUUCCUGCGCAUGCAGCAGCUGGCCAAGACGAGUGAGGAGCGAGCCCAAAUCUUGCAGCCCACACUGGAGAUCAAUACAGGGCAUGCCCUGAUCAAGAAGCUGAACCAGCUGCGAGCCAGUCAGCCUGACCUGGCCCAAAUGCUGCUUGACCAGAUCUAUGACAAUGCAAUGAUGGCGGCAGGUCUGAGCGAGGAUCCCCGGCCGAUGGUGAGCCGGCUGAAUGAGCUCCUCACCAAAGCCUUGGAGAAGCACUGAGGGAGGCGGCCGGCCGGCCUGGCUUCGGAGGAUGACCUCCUCCUUUGCGUCGGGACCCAGAGGGGGACUGGCUCGGUCCCCUGCCGGCUGGACUUCCUGGCUGCCUGCUUGGUUCCCUCGGGGAAAGGACAGCCCAGGCUUUGCUCUUGCCCUGCUGGGGACUGAGCCCUGCAGGAUCAUGUUGUUGUUUUUUCCUUUUCCCAAAAAUGCAUGUGACUGGAUUGUCCCUGUUUGUGUUGGGGCUGGGUUGGACAUGCCCCCCCUCUCCUUUGCGGGUGCCGAGAGGGCACAGCUGGGCCUUCGGGGUCUUCCAGUAAAGUCCUCGCGCUCUCUCUCA